AUGAGCGAGUCCUUCUGGUCGCUUACAGCUGCCAAGCGUUCUGGGAGGGAGCUCGUGCCCGGAACCUCACGCUGGGUGGCCAACGAGCUAAAUGUCAUCGAUCUGACCAUCGUCAAUGAAACGGGCCAUUUUGUUCUGGAAUUCAAAUCAGGAAUUGAUCAUGUAAAUGACUUUAUGGCUCGCGUGGGCGAGAUCUACGACAAGAAAUACGCUCACACAUCGCAGAAGAAGCAGGAUUUCUUGCGCGAUAUAGAAGAGGAAGCCGUAUCUAACUCGCCUACUCGUUUUGUCAACCACGUAACUCCACGAAGAAAGACCGAUGCAACUUCGAGAUCUACCACCGCCCCUGAAUCAUUGCACUCUUCUCCAAUGCUCAAAAACUGGUUUAAAGGCUCCAUAACUCACACCCCAUCGCCAUUGAAACCGAAGAUAAAUGAGUCUCGACAACCACUCAAAGUCGCACCAGAACCUAAACCUCCGCUGAAAUCUGACCUUUCAUUCAUACCAGCAUCUGAAGCCAUCGCUAGUCAAAACCACAACCGAUCGUCUGGUGCUGAAGACUCGUUUCAGGCUAUCAGUACAGCAAUUCGCAAGAGCAUUGCUGGGAAGCUAGCCAGUAAUUCUGACGACGAUAGAGCUGAAACCAAACGGCAUGCUACCGAGAAUACAAAACCAAAAUCAGUAUACCUGGCACACCAGUCGCCCGUGAGACCUUUUUCUGCUGCUUCUAACGGCGCUGAACCACGCAUCCCUCCACUACUGAGAGCUAACUUAUCCUACAAGACACCCAAACGAUCUUCGGUUUUUGUCUCUCUACCAUCAAAAGAACCGUUCACAAUAUCUUCCAACUCGGCAGGUGAUGCAUCGAAUCGUGCCAGAUCUCCAAGAAAACUUGAAAGGCUAGAUCUUGAAGCCAAGAAAGGUUCCAUCACACCGGCUGCUGGUCAGCCGACUGCGCUCAAAAUUCUGCCCAAUACAGAUUCAAUUCCUCGAUUGAGUACUCACUCCAUCCGUAAAAGUCUACAGAGGAGGACUUCGAUUCGACCGUUACCCUUGGAUAAUGUAUCGACGAAUGGCACGACGGAGACCAAGAAAGCCUCACCCAUUCAAGGUGAUGGCGCACUCUCUGGUGCUGAAAAUAGUCCUGUUGUCAGGGACGUUCGUAACGUAGCCAAGACUGACAACGGAAGUCUGGCACCUUUAUUCCCAGAAGCGAGCAAAACCGCUGAUCAACACAACAGUGUCUCAGCGAAUGGGUUAAAAACGUACGAUAGAAUCUCGGCAAUAGCUAAAGAUCAAGAACAGCCCUUGACCUUAAACCCUGUUGCAAAGGAACCUCGGCGAAAUCGAUCACCGAUCUUUUCUUCAAUUGGGGAUUUUGUUCAUCGUUCACGAAACGUGUUUAUGAAGGGAACAACCACGCCGGACCUACCUCCUGCUAAUUCACAUUCUGAGCAUAUCCGGCAAUCUACUACGAAACCUGAAGCACCUAUUUUGGCUACUUCUGCUAGAGCGAGCCGCUCACCUAGAAAUACUAUAACGAGAGGGCGUUCUCCCAUACGUCAAUUGCAGAUUGCAAAAAUGAGAGGAGCAAAUAGUGCGCUAUCAGACGCCCGGAUACCUCUAAAGCGUUCGAGGGAGCCGUCACCAGAGAGGCCGAAACACAUUGAAAGCAAAGAGUUGCCUACUACGAGCGGCUAUAUAGGGAAAGCAAUUUCGAGGUCUCUCAGUGCUGCAAUUAACACACUAGGUAUUCUGCCUAUGAAAAAGCGUGCUGAUCUCGCUCCUUCGAAGGAUGAAAGUGAGGCAAAACCUAUCGUUUCUCCAACUAAGGUGGCCCCAUCGCUUCCGAAUGAGAACAAGAAUGCUGAAAUGAAGAUAAAAGCAGACGUGCGUGCGGACGGUAGAGAAGCAUUCAGCUUUAAUUCGACUAAGAAAAAAUCAAUCAUGGCGGAACGAAGUGAAGCUGCUGCCUUGCGCCCCAAACAAAAAAUCAAGAUUGGGAUGAACCAUAAAGUUCAUAAGGUUCCAGCUAUACCUCCUCCUUUACAACUUCAGAAAACUCCAGGAGAUCGGCUCGUUAAAGAAGAGACAAGACAUACAAGUGAAGCAGUAACGUCGGAAUCAGAACAUCGGAAGAUUAGAAGAAGCACAGAAACUAAACCUAUUGACCGAACUAAUAUUGCAAAUGGAAGAGACACAUUUGGAAAGGUUGCAUCUGUAAAGAGGGAAACAUUGAGAAGGCAGACGACUGAAAGAAAGGAGAGAGAGUCAACAUUUCCAAAAGGAACUGGCAAUGCAGUACCCUUGCCUGAUGCCGCUAGAGGAAGAUUCCAUCGUAACGAAAACACCGUGAAACGAAGGAAGACCGUCAAGGAAAGCAAAACACCCUCAAGAGUUCGUCCCCCUGCUGAUUUCGAUUCUGUACAGACACAUUCAGAAGUUUCUGUCGAUCCUUAUAGAACGCCAGCCAAACGCCAAUACUCUCCAGGAUCUUUGCCCGCAAUUAACACCGAUGAUGAAGACAACGGAAAACAUCCCGUUCUCUCGCCAUGGGCUGAGAGUCCACAAUUACUCAAACUUGUUCAACAGUCAGUCGAUAUUGAUCCUGUAACUAUCUUUGGAGAGAUUCCCAAGCUAAGAAUUGAAGAAGUGUUUGAUAGUCAAGCAUCUAGACAUAGGGCCCGACCUUCACCCAAUGGCUAA